GAGCAGUCCUGUCCAAGAAUCAUUAUUGCUUGCCUCCCUACUGUUCAGUCAGUUUCAGCUGAGCCUCUCAAUAAAAAGAUUUGAAGAGGAGUCAAAAGCGUGCCUGAAUCUCACUAUGAAGUGUAAGAUACAAUUCAUUUUCAUAGUAAAACUCUGUGUUUUUCAAGCAGUCUCAUCAAUUUUCUUUGAGUCCGUUUAUCAACUUUAUAAAGAAAGUCGCAUACCUUUUAGAGAAGACCCUUACAUUGGUAAUCGCCCUAUUUUAAAAGAGUAUGAUUUUAUAGUAAUAGGAUCGGGGCCGGGUGGAGCAACCGCUGCCAACAGACUAUCAGAGAUAUACGAUUGGAAAGUGUUGAUUCUGGAGGCUGGCAAAGAUGGCUCAAUCUACACAGAUAUUCCUGCAAUUGUAAGCUACCUUCAGUUCACAGACUAUAACUGGGGCUACAAGAUGGAGAAAAUCCAAAAUCUUUGUCUAGCCAUGAAGGACCAGAGAUGUCCAUGGCCCAGAGGAAAAGGCGUUGGUGGAUCUAGUCUUUUGAAUUACAUGAUUUAUACUAGAGGGCAUCCGGCAGACUUUGACAACUAUGAAAAAAGUGGCAACACAGGGUGGGCUUACAAGGAUAUCCUUCCCUACUAUCUCAAAUCAGAAAAAAUCAACAUUCCAGAUCUUAUGAAUUCUAGCUACCACUCAAAAAACGGUUACCUAGAUGUUGAACAGGUACCAUACAAGACAAAGCUUGUGGAUGUAUUCUUAGAUGGUUGUGAGGAACUAGGAUACAAACCAAUAGACUACAAUUCAGGUGAGGAACACGAGGGAGCUUCGAGAAUACAAGUGACGAUGAGAUCAGGUAAACGAGUCAGUGCUGCCAAAGCCUACCUAGAGAGUAUUCAGCACAGGCCCAAUCUUCAUGUGGUGGAGAAAGCUAGAGUUACCAAAAUAAUGAUUGAUCCAAAAACUAAAAGGGCGAUUGGAGUUGAAUUUGUAAAGAAUAGAAAAAGAAGGAGUGUUUUUGCCAAAAAGGAAGUAGUUUUAUCAGCAGGAUCUUUAAAUUCUCCCCAUCUCCUGAUGUUGUCUGGCAUCGGUCCUAAGAAUCACUUGGAGCUUCAUAAAAUUCCUGUAGUUAAAGAUCUUCCGGUCGGGGAAAAUUUACAAGAGCAUUUUACAAUGCCAGGAAUGGUGUUCACAAUAAACGUCUCUGAAUCUAUAACAGAGAAUAAAGCAUUGAAUUUAGAAAACUUAGAUCUUUGGUUAAGUGAGGGAAAAGGAAUUCUUACUCUACCAGGAGGAGUGGAGGGUCUAACCUAUGUGUCGUCAAAAUACAAUCAAAUCAAGGAUUUACCUGAUCUCGAGUUGCUUUUCAUCGCUGGAAGUGUAGCUUCUGAUGGAGGCCAUAUAGUCAAAGACAGUUUUGGAAUCAGUGAGGAAUUUUACAAUAAUGUCUACAGAUCAAUAGAUUAUGCAGAAACUAUGACUGUAUUCCCGAUAUUACUGAGGCCAAAAAGCCGUGGAAGAGUUAUCUUACAAGACAAAAAUCCUUGGCACUGGCCUUUGUUUUACUUGGACUACUUCAAUAAUACAUCAGACUUAGAUGUGAUGGUUGAUGGAAUAAAGAAAGUAGUACAACUAGGUCUGACAGAUGCUUUUAAGAGUGUUGGUGCCAGGUUACACUCAGUUCCCUUUCCUGGAUGUUCAAGACACAGUUUUGGCAGCGAUGAGUACUGGGCAUGUGCCACUAGAACGCUACUUCUGACCCUUCACCAUCAGAGUGGAACAUGCAAGAUGGGUCCAGCUUCUGACCCUACAGCAGUGGUUGAUCCAAGACUCCGAGUCCACGGCAUCCAGGGACUGAGAGUAGUUGAUGCAUCUAUAUUCCCUGAAAUCCCAACAGCUCAUUUGUAUGCUCCAACUGUAAUGGUCGGCGAAAAAGCUGCUGAUAUGAUAAAGGCUGAUUGGAAGAGAUCUUGUUAAAUCAAUAGACAGUUGACCAAAUUGUAUGUAGUAGACUGUAAUUCGUAUUAAUUAAAGUAGACUCCCUCUCAUUCCAGUUGGUUUGGUUUGGAC